CCUCCUCCUCCUCCUCCUUCCCUCCCACCCUGCUGCCCCAAGCCCACCCGCACCCCUUGGGCACCAUGAACACCAACGUGUGCGUGGAGACGGGGCCCAACCCGGAGGCGCCGGGACUGCCCAAGGAGAACCACCUGCCCGACGGCGCCCUCAACAGCCUUGUGGAUUACAACUCGGAGAUGGAGCGCUACCGCUCCUUCGCCACCUUCUACAAGACCAACGGCGGGGCCUUCCCGCAGGCGGCCAAGAUCGCGCGCAUCACCACCCCCAUCUUCCCCACGGCUGCUGCCGCCGCCGCCGCCCGCAUCGGCAUGUCCCCCUGGAACUGCGACACGGCCACGGCGGCCGCCGCCACCGCCAUGCUGUGGGGCAGCGGCGCGGGAGGCGCGGGCGCGGGCGUCGGCGGGCCUAACCCGGCGGUCGCCGCGGCGGGCGGCGUGGCCCGGAAAGCAGCUGCGGUCGCCGCCGCCUCGUCGGUCGCCGCGCCGCCGCCGCCGUCGGCUUCCUCGCCCGCCUCUUCCCUGCACGCCGCCGGCAGGAGCGGCGGCGGGAGUUUGCACCACCGGAAUGAGUCUCAGCGCCUCGGCAAGCCUAGCUGCGCGCCAGCCGAGCAGCCCACGUUGCAAAUGGCCAAUAAUAAUUUCCUCUCCACCUUAGCCCCGGAACACUGCAGACCUUUGGCUGGGGACUGCAUGAACAAGCUCAAAUGCGGCGCCGCCGAAGCAGAGAUAAUGAAUCUCCCCGAGCGCGUGGGGACUUUUUCCGCUAUCCCGGCUUUAGGGGGCAUCUCAUUACCUCCCGGGGUCAUCGUCAUGACAGCCCUACACUCCCCCGCAGCAGCCUCGGCAGCCGUCACAGACAGCGCGUUUCAAAUUGCCAAUCUGGCAGACUGCCCGCAGAGCCAUUCCUCCGCCUCUUCGUCGUCCUCAGGAGGAGGGGGCGGCGGCAACCCAGCCAAGAAGAAGAGGAAAAGGUGUGGGGUCUGCGUCCCCUGCAAGAGGCUCAUCAACUGUGGAGUCUGCAGCAGUUGCAGGAACCGCAAAACGGGACACCAGAUCUGCAAAUUUAGGAAAUGUGAAGAGCUAAAGAAAAAACCUGGCACUUCGCUAGAGGUCAGAGGAGAUGAUUUCUUUCUUCCCAGCCUCCCGCCGUCCCUCGUGAACCCCCUUCCCCCACCUCUUCAGUGCUUCUUGUCUAGUUUCAAGAUGCAGCAUCCCUUUUCCGAAGCCUCCUUCAGGUUGUGAGGGGGA